CACUCAAUCCAAACGGAGCGUAAACCACUGCGCUUCGUAAAGGUUUCGGGCGACAGAAGCUUCUUGACUCGCUGGGGGAGGUUUCUCUGUGUCAGCUACUUCUCUCUCUCUCUCUCUCUCUCUUUCUGGAAUUCUUGAAGAUGAGGCGUUCUUCGACCCGGAAAGGGCAAACCAAUUCUCCGGCAUCGAACAAUUCUUCAGCUGUGGAUCUUUUCCGCUCCGCUUCGGGUAAAGCCGCCACCAAAGAGUUGGAACGAAUCGACAACCUAUUCUACGCAUAUGCAAAUAAUUCAUCUGUUAUGAUUGAGCCUGAAGGAAUUGAGGCUCUUUGUUCAGAUCUAGAAGUUGACCAUACUGACGUCAGGAUAUUGAUGCUUGCCUGGAAGAUGCAAGCUGAAAAACAAGGAUACUUUACCCUGGAAGAGUGGCGAAGAGCCCUCAAAGCACUUCGGGUUGACACUGUAACCAAAUUAAAGAAGGCACUACCAGAGUUGGAGAAAGAGGUCAAAAGGCCGUCAAAUUUUGUGGAUUUCUAUUCUUAUGCAUUUCGAUACUGCUUAACAGAGGAAAAACAGAAGAGUAUUGACAUUGAGAGCAUCUGCCAAUUACUUGAUCUUGUUCUAGGGUCCCAAUUCCGUGCCCAAGUUGACUACUUUGUUGAGUACCUGAGGACACAAAUUGAUUACAAGGUCAUAAACAUGGACCAAUGGAUGGGUUUCUAUCGGUUUUGCAAUGAGAUAAGUUUUCCGGACCAUAGUAAUUAUGAUGCUGAACUUGCAUGGCCCUUAAUUCUGGACAACUUUGUUGAAUGGAUGAGAGCAAAGCAGAGAUAAACCAAGAACCGAUUGGUGGAUCGGUUCUCUGUCAUUAUCCAAGCUUAAAGAUUGUCUCAAACAACACACAUCAAAAGUGAAGCAAUCAAUUUUCUUUUGUUUUUUUUUUUCCCUUGAUUUUUGAUUGAAGGGAGGAGCUUUUCUUCUUUUCUGAAUAUACUCUUGUUAGAACCCACCCCCCUCACCGUUAGAAGUUAGUGAUGUGUUAUUGAUCUCUGUUUUGAUAAUGUCUCAGUACAUUUUAUUUGUCAUUAUUUAUGCAACUUGGUUUCAGUUUUA